CUAAAGAGUUGUCUAAACAGAGAUUUUUCCUUCAUCUCCUCCUCUGUGGCACUGUUGAGUGUUGAGGUCUAACGUCCUCCUCUUUCACUCUACCCUUUCUUUGAUGCUGAGGCCACCUUCUUCUUCCAUUCUACCUUCUCUUCGACGCCGAUACCACUCUUCCUCUUCUCUGCGCUGACGUCCGACUGCGGAUUCCAUCGUCUUGUCUCCUAAACGCCGACUGAUACCACUCUUCUCUGCGACGGCGGCGCCAGUCUCUUCUCGUCGAUCUCGCUGCCUCUCCUCCAUUUCGCCGCUGCUCCUCCAGUUCGCUGUUUCCCAGCGAGCUUUGCCGCCUUCUGUUAGUCGGUCUCUCUUCCUGGUUGAUAGAGGCCGAAAGCUAAAAUUUUAUUCUUCAGCCAACAGAAAACAAUUCACAAGCUUCUCACACAACACAUGAAUAUCUUACAUCCUUUUGCAUGCCUUCCUCUAUGUAAUGCCAUUGCAAGCACCAAUCUUUUUCCCCAUAACAAUCAAAUCAUGAAAUUUUCAUUGGUUUCCCUACAAAGCUCUAGCUAUGCAAGAACUUGGACUCCCUUAUGCUGUUCUAGAGGUGGGUUUACAAACUUGAAUGGUGAGGACUUCAAUAUAGAUCUCAUUAAGGAAGAUCUUGCUGAUGAUGAUGGUAGUAGUGAGACUUUGGCUCAAGAAAUAUAUGGAAGAAGGAAAACAAAAGACAUUGAUCUAGAGGGGUUAAAAGAAGAUAAUGAUGUUGGUGGGUAUUAUGGCCAAGGACCAUUUACAGGUAGGCCAGAGAAAGAUCAUGAGAGAGAUCCAGAAGUUGCUGAUAUUCUUGGGAGUUUACUAGAUGAUCCCCAAAAGGCUCAAUCCAAAAUGGAAGACAGAAUUAGGAAAAAAAGGAACAAAAUACUGCACACAAAGACGGGAUCAGGAGUACCAAUGAAAGUGUCCGUUAACAAAUUUGAUUUUUCAAACUCAUAUAUAUGGCUUGAAUUUUACAAUACACCACUGGAAAAAGACAUCUCCUUAAUAUGUGAUACUAUUCGAUCGUGGCAUAUUGUUGGACGUCUUGGUGGAUGCAAUUCGAUGAACAUGCAACUAUCACAAUCUCCGAUCACGAAACGGCCAAGUUAUGAUUUUAUUCAAGGAGCUAAUGUGACACCAACUACAUUUUACAACAUUGGGGAUCUUGAGGUUCAAGACAACUUGGCUCGAAUAUGGGUAGAUAUUGGAACCAGUGAACCGCUGCUUUUGGAUGUCUUGAUAAAUGCAUUAACACAGAUAAGUUCUGAUUUUGUUGGAAUCAAGCAAGUGGUCUUUGGUGGGGAAGAAUAUGAGAAUUGGAACGAGAAUAUGACAUCAGAGGAUUCAGGUUUUAGUGUUCACAAGAUCUAAACCCAAUUUGCUGUCAUAUUAUUUGAUAGAGGCAAGUGAAGAGGAAGUCAGGAAAUAUUGCAUCGUAUGUAUUUGACAAGCAGUAAGCAAACAACUAAAUAAAUAAAACCUUUUAGCAUCUCUGGUGGCUGGCUAUAUGUAUUAGUUUUUUAUUUUAUUUUAUUAUUGUUAUUUUUUUUAUGGCCGCCAUUACUUCCCAGGAACUCAACCAUUCAUGAAUAUCAAAUUAUCAAUGUCAAAGACGUGUGAUGGCGGCUCUGGGAUUUUGAUGGCUCUGGAAAUUCAACCAUUAAUGAAUAUCGAAGUCAAGAGAUGACAGUCGAGAUAACAGUUCUGUAACUUAAUUAUGGGAUUUGUUGUUACUAAGGUUAAUUAAUCAAAAUGAACUUGAUUUUGAUUU